UCCUUUUUCUCUUUCUUUUUUUUUUGGGCAUUCCAAUUUUUAUUUUAUUUUUAUUUUUUACUUGUCCAACUUGUCCCACUUUAUAAUAACCCCAUAUACUCAAAAGGCCCCAAAACUCUUAACCCUCUACAAAGAGAGUCUCAAACUCAAAAACUACAUAGAAAAGAUCAAGAAGAAGAAGAAGAAAGAAAGAAAGAUCAAAAUAGUAUUAUGAGCUCAGUUUGCAUAUCAAACUGCGUCAACGACGCACGUGACCCGCGCGUGCCGGUGCGCGCCACCUACGUGAACCUCUACAAGUGGCCGGAGUCCGACGCCGAGUUCGUCCGCUCCGUCAGCUCCCACGGCUGCAAGCCCUCCGCCACCACCGGGGCCGCCGUCCGGUUCGGGCACCCGAGGGUGGUGGACAGCAUCUCAUGCAGGCAAAUGUACCUCCGCAGCUACAAGUUCUCAAGGGAAGAAGAUCAUGAUGAUCAGAAGAAGAAGAAGAACGCUCAGAAAUGCUUUGGCUGCAGAGUUAAUCUCAACCCUAAGUUGGCUGAUGAUGAUCAUGAUCGUGAUGAUCAUGCGGAAAAGGAAAAGAAGAAGAAGAAGAAGAAGUCGUCUAAUAGAGGACGUGAUAAUAAUAUUUCUAAUAAGAAGAACAAGAAGAAGAAGAGGUGUUUGUUUCUUGGGAAAGUGAAGGAGAUCUCUUAUGCUGCUUUGUUUGGGAUUUUUAGAAGGUGUUUGUCUUGCGCCGCCACCGUUGAUGUGGUCGAUCAACACGACUGA